GCUUCAUUUGCACCAUUGGGCGACGGCUCGCUGCACCACCUGACCUGGCCGCGAACCAUAAUAGUUGUUGUUGGUCGUCCUCCAUACGCAGCCCGAGACCCUUCUCCUAUCGACACAGGUCGCUCUCUAGGCAUCCAUCCUUCCCUCAAUCACUCCCAUCACGACCACCUCCCCCCCCCAUCUGUAGCAUCUGCACUACGACCCAUAUACCAUAUACCAUCCCCCUCGAACCCACAGCCAUCCCGCACCCCGUCCCACUGCUUCUCCACCCAUGUCUGCAGCCUGUCGCGCACUGGUGGUGAGGCUCUUGUGAGCUUCAGCUCAGCGGACGGUUGGGGCCAGCAAUGGAGGAGCGCGAGUCCAGCGUGGCCUCCUCUGCCGACUUCUACGGAACCGAGGCCAAGUCCAACACCCCCACGAGCGAUGUGCAGAAUCCUGCGCCUUUCAUGAAGCGCAAGGCAGAAGAUCUGUCGUCUGAGCAGGGAAAGAAGCCCAGACUAGACUGUCUGUCUUCUGCUUCCACCUCAGGCGACUUCAGACCAUGUGCCAGGCUACCACCGGCAGUGUGGCAGCAUGUUUUCCUCUACUGUUCGCUUGCAGACCUGGGUCGCUUGAUCCAGGUCAAUCGCUUGUUUCUUUCCUAUCUCACAGACGUGCGCAACGUCUCUACUUCCAAGCCAGAACACGGCUGUCUACGUCUCCUAAAGUCUGAAUCAUUGUGGGCCUCUGCCCGCAAUGCGCUUCCUACCAAGCCCCCGAAGCCGCUCCCAGGCUUCACUGAGCUGCAAAUGUGGCAGCUCGCGUGGCGUAAGAGAUGCCAGUUCUGUGACAAGCUCAGUUCCUUUACACCGGGUGAGAGGAUAUGGCAAAAGGGGCCAGGCGAGACAGGAGUACGGGCGAUAUGGCCUUUUGCUGUCAGGGCAUGUGGACCAUGUCUGCUGGAGCAGUGUCAGACAGACUCGAGUCUUCUCUUUUCGGCGGCCUCUGCGCUGCGACCCGCUCUUCCAUUCGCCCUCGUUACGAACGACCACAACUACAUUACCGCCUACACCCUGCAGUCUGCAACAACCCCCGCAGACAUCGAAAUCGGGAAGUACUAUUACAAGAAGCAUGUAGCGGAAAUCACGCAGGAGCUCAACGAUGCCUUGCGUCUCGGCCCUGCAGCAGCCGAGGAGUGGUCCAAAGGCCUUGACAUACGAGGAAAGGAGCGAAUGAGAAUCGCCGAAAACUGGGAGCGCUGGGAAGUCAAGCACCAGUGGUGGGAGGAGCACCAAGAACAGCGUGCGACCUCUGCUGCGCCCUCACUUGCAGCGACUUCGCAGAAAGAACCGUCCAAAUCCCCUACGCGCCAAAUGCCCUCUCCUGUGAUCUAUGCCCCGAUCCCAGCGAGUAAGUAUGCUUCUCAUGUGUCAAGAACUGUCAGCACGGGCAGCGCGUUUUCAUGUUUCACAAAUACCCCUGCAGUGCCCAACCUAACAGCUGCAGCUCCAUCACAAUAUGUGCAACCGAGGCCUACAACCGUUCCACCGCAGGUUUUCACGCCUCAUCCUGUUCCAACUGGAAGUACUGCACCAACGCAGAGAAAUCUUCAUGAUGCCAUCGAGGCCAAAGCAAACCGGAAGACGGACAUUGAGCAACGGUGCCAGCAGAUGGACCCUCCCAUUCCUCCAAACAUCUUGCGCCACAUGGACUCGUUCAAAGCAGCCAUUCAAAUCUCGCAGCCAAUGAACGACCAUGCAUGGAGUGUGCUUCAGCCCCGCUUACUCGCCCAACUCCCUGAUGCCCAACAGGCCGAAGCUGACCACGUGUCUCGAGUAGCUGUGCUUCCCACAAGAACAACAGACCGCCGUCAUCAUGAUGGCAACUCCAAGGAAACAAAGGAAGCCAUGGACCGAGAUUGGGAGGAAUCGCAACGACCAAUCCGCACCCGGCUCAGCACCAUUGCCGAAGAAUUCAUCAACCAGGACUGGGACCGUGGCAAUGCUGUUACCUACGAGAACAGCCCAAAGUUUGCGGCCGACCUUCUUUCGUAUGUUCGACGCACAUUUUACGCAGACCCCGCCAACGACGGAGCGGCUCGCCUGGGACAACCUGGACAGGAUUCUAAUACUAACGCAAAUACUAAGCCAAAACUCGUUCUAGAUGACAUGAAAUGGGUUUAUGACAACAAGCUCAAACCUCUAACAGAACAGUUUCGCAAAGAGAUAUUUCUUUGCUACGGUAACGACUGCGAUCGCAACACAAGAUUCUACGGCUUCGAAGGCGUCAUCCAGCAUUUUGGAGCCAGACACACUAAUGCGUUCAGCGUGGGAAACGUCGUGGUUGCGUGGAGAGAAGCCGAGUGGCCUGAGGAAACACCGUUUCAUCCGGAUCCCAUUUCCGUGAAGCACGCUUACCAUGCACCUUCUAACAGCACUGGUUAUGGUAAUUACUAUGGUGGGUAUUCUCGUGCGGGAACGUCUACACCUCACAUGCAACCUCACCUACCUCAAGCCAGUCCAGGUCCUUACCAGUAUGGCGGGUACAAUGGACCCUUUGCUCCACCGCAGACCCCUUCAAGUGUUCUUCCAGGAUUUGGGUACCCCCAGCCAUACGCUACUCCAGCUGAUAACUACGCAUACCAAGCAACGGGCGCUCCUGGCUAUGGACACCAAACAGGUCAUACCUCUUACAUUCCGUCCCCAGCCAUGAUCAAUCCUGCUGUAGCACCACCUCCAGCUAUGCCACCACCAGGCCAGGGUCCCGCUGACACCAAUUCUCAUGGUACGGAAGAUGCCGGUCACAGUACCAGCUCGUUUGACAAGCAAGUAAGUACCGUCAUUGGGAUGGCACAGGACAUCUGGAAGCAGACAUCAGGCAUCAAAGACAUGCCCAAUAGUCUCCGGAUCUACGUUCUGUUGCACCGUGUAAUCUCCAAGUUCCAUAUUGAGUUCAACCAUGAACCAAACCUGAAUCACUUUAUCGAUGCCCUUUCCAAUCAUGAGAUACCAAAGGGGCUGAAGAACGCUCCUGGUCUAUCUUGUAAAGCGUGCCAAGUCGCAUCUUCACACCAAAUUACCACUGCUUACUACUCGAAGCCGGAAGAGAGAAAAACCUACACUGUAUUGAAUCUGUUGUCACAUUUCCAAGCUCAGCAUCUGUCACUACAGCAAACUGGUCCUAGCCAUGGACUACAAAACGCCCCUCUGGAUUGGAAGGAGGAUAUGAUCGAAUUACCAAAUGAGCGCUUCAUCCGCGGAUUCAUUCAUGCCCCUGGUAUGGACGACGAGAAGCUGCUUAUGAUUGCGACUGUCUUCCCUCGUCUCUUCCCGGUGCCGCUCCCUAAGAUCGGUGUGAUCGAUAGUCAUGGAGUAGCCUCACCUGUUUCUUCUGGCCUUAAGGAUGCAAAAGGUGUUUCUGGCACAACUGAUACUGCAGGCGACGCCUUGGAGAAACGUGGCUCUUCGUCUCUAGUCACCACCCCCAAGGAGUCAUCAUUACCCUCGAAGACAACGCAGAAUGAGUAUGAUCCUCUUCGACCAACUCUGACAGCCCAGGCCAAUGAACCCUCGACAUCCAUGACCAAGAAGCAGUCCUAUCAGGGCAGUCCGCCUGCCGAGCGCCGGCAGCGAUAUCAUGCCGAGCCUCGAUACUAUGUAGGUGGUCUCCAGGACCCGAACGAGCGCAUUAAUGGAGCUAAUUUACCUGUUCGCCAGAUGUCCAGGGAGCAUCUAGAUGAAGGGUACUCUCGCCCUCGAGAGUACGUAGAGUAUGCCCCGAGCCCUAGGAUAGCCCACCCUAGCCAUGCCUAUGAGGAAUAUUCUGGUCGCCGCACUGUCUUCCGGGAACAGGAUAGGUUUCGCGGUCCACCAGAGGACGAGGUCAUCUAUACGCACCCACGAGAAGGAAGCCACGGCAGCCGGGAGUAUUCUACUUAUCCCCCCCGCCAGGUCCGGUACUAUGAAGAAGACGAACAGCAACCGGAAUACCGCUACGUGAGAGAGCCUCCACCACGAGAAGCGAGUCCGCCUCAAGGGCAAUCGGCUGCGGACCGUUUCUUAGAAGAGUUUGUACCUGGUCGGACGUCUGCUAGUGAAUCUACCCAGUCUCAACUGCCUCUCCCACCGGAAACAAAGCCUUCUGCACCGGUACAGGAAUCUGAAGAUAGCUCACGAUAUACGCCUCCACCGCUAAAUGUUUCAAAAGCGAGUGAAUUGGGAGCUCAAAUUCAACCGCUUGCGCCACCACAUCCUCGGGCCCCGUCUACUGUAUCCAACGGUUCUAGAUACGAGGAACACCGUGUCAAUGGUCAUUACAUUCAUGCACCUUCCUCAGCGGGUGCUCCACGGAGAGCUGGACCACAUCGUCGAAGGGACCGACCCCAUGAACAUCGGAUGCCUUCCCGGUUCUACCGCUACAUGAGCGUGGCUCGAGAUGAUCCAUACGGCCGCGCAUCCAGCAUGAGCCGCUCGCAGAGUAGGAGGUACGAGGAGCAGCGUCGUCGGAUUGACCAACAGGAGACACCGCAACCUACUGCGGAACACGACUAUGAGCCGGCAUACUCAAGAGAUCCGAGCAUAGAGCAACCGUCACCAGAGGAUAGCGUCUACCCACGCGUACGGCAGCAACCACGUGACUAUGUAUCUGUUCAAGAUCGUCUGCACCCAUACUCCCCACCACGCUAUCGCUACGAUGAGCCCCGCGGGCCGCAAGCAGUCUACGUUGAUGAGUAUGGUCAGCCAGUACAUGAAUAUGAGAUUAUUCGUGUGCGUGGUGAUUCUCGACAGCCGCGUGGGUACCAGCCAGCUCGUUACGAACCAGAACACUACCAGUAUGUGCCAUUUUCGUAUGAGCGUCCUCCAUCACAGAGGCACAGCAGCCGACCAGAAGAAUAUAUGUAUUAUGAGGAGAGGGAAAGACCGCUUUCACGGCGCCCUGCCCCUGAGGCGGAGAGCGAAAUAUACGAGCCUCUACCACCGGAAAUCAAGCUGGAGAGCACGCCGGUGCCUGUACCGGAGGGCCCUUGAUUCGAUGAACCCACCUAUUUCCCAGUAAUGUUUGAUAUUGUAUAUGGAGUUUGAAGGUUGGGAUAUCUGUUUAGGAUCUGUCGUUUAUUUUACGACAUACCCAAAUGCCCUUUGUGAAUCUCAUGCUUGUACAUGUACCAUAAGUAUGACUGCAUAGCUGGCGUUUUGGGACUGGAUGAUGAUGCCGAAUGUGUGUAUUUCUUGAAGGAACAUUAUUUUUCAUGUUAUGUCCAACGCAAAUGCGAGCUUCUCUUACAUGUACCUGCUACAAACAUGAUAUCUGUAGUACAAAUUCCAACAAUUCAGGUCAACUUCAACCUCCAACCCUGCUAUCUCAUUACCAAAAU